AUGGAGCUUAGGGCUUCAUCAAGUCAAAAUAUAGAAAUGCCCCAAUCUAAUCCACUCCCAGACUCACCCCUCCCCGAAUCUACUCUAAGCUUCUCCGUAUUUGCAAAUAGAGAAGUUUCAAUGAGAGAGGCAAAUAGAGAAGUUUCAAUGAGAGAGGGAAACAGAGAAGUUUCAAUGAGAGAGGCAAAUAGAGAAGUUUCAAUGAGAGAGGCAAAUAGAGAAGUUUCAAUGAGAGAGGCAAAUAGAGAAGUUUCAAUGAGAGAGGCAAACAGAGAAGUUUCAAUGAGAGAGGCAAAUAGAGAAGUUUCAAUGAGAGAGGCAAAUAGAGAAGUUUCAAUGAGAGAGGCAAAUAGAGAAGUUUCAAUGAGAGAGGCAAAUAGAGAAGUUUCAAUGAGAGAGGGAAACAGAGAAGUUUCAAUGAGAGAGGCAAAUAGAGAAGUUUCAAUGAGAGAGGCAAAUAGAGAAGUUUCAAUGAGAGAGGCAAAUAGAGAAGUUUCAAUGAGAGAGGGAAAUAGAGAUGUUUCAAUGAGAGAGGGAAACAGAGAAGUUUCAAUGAGAGAGGCAAACAGAGAA